CCAAAUGACCAAAACUCUAAACAGUUAUCUCAAACUAAAUAUCAAAGAAAAGAAUGCAUCCAUUGUUUCUAGAUUUAGAUAUAUAUGGCUCCUCAUGUCUCGGAAGAUAAUAUAAGAACUAAGUGACUCCACUGCAUACUGUUCAAUUCGGAUGUUUCUAGUGUAGACUUAGUCCAAGUUUAAAUUUCUAUUAUAUGUACAAUGCAGUCCUGGGUGGUGAUUUUAAUCAUUGCCGGCAUAACGUUGACGUCAGCUGAUGAAGAUCUUUUGUUCACUGAUAGUCUGCUGACACUUGACGAGAACGUAACAAUCUCAUUCAGUCCGCCUUUUAUUAUCAACGGGCUAACUUCUGACGUCGACGUUACAUGCAGUUUCACACGGGACCAAGUUCCAGCUAUGACGUCAAUAUUUUCUCUGGUCAUCGCACACUCGAGCACAACUGACCAGCCGUUAUACAGCUACGUGGCCUCGGUCAACGCGCUGGAAGGUCACGCCCACAACAUCUCGCAUGAUGUUGAGGUCAUUUCCGGUUUAAUAGAUAAUCAAGGAGAAUCCUUGUUGCACAUCCGGUUUAAAUACCCUGAUUCAAAUCUGACUGGGCUGUACUUAUGUGAAGUCCAAGGUUUUGACCAAAUAGGUAAACCAGUAACAAAGUACGCCAAACUAAAAUUGAUGCCAACUAAUAUAAAUGAUCUGUUCCAUCAAAUUAAUAAUUUACAGUCAAACCUUACUGAGGCUAACGCAAAUCUAAGUCUAUUGCAAAAUUCUUUCAAUGCCAUGCAGAGCUGCAUGAGCAGGAAAGAUGAAUACAUUAAUAAAUUAAAAAACCAGUCAAACUUCUACUCACCUGUAUUCUUCAAUGGCCACAGCUACUACAUGACUCAAAACAUAUCACGUUUUUUUUAUGCAGAAGCUCAGAAUUCUUGCAAGUUAAUCGACGGAUACCUUGCAGAACUAGACACUCAGGGAGAGAUGGAUUUCUUUAGAGAGUACUUGAUCAAAAUGAAUAUCUCAUAUUACUUCUGGUCAGGGGCAACAAAGCAGAACGGCUCAUGGGUAAAUGAGCACAGUCCAGCAGCCAGGCCGUUGUUUGACUGGGCGCCAGGAGAACCAGCUAAUUACCAAAGUGGUAAUUGCCAGUGUUCUUACCCACGAAAUGAUUGGAAGCUUAUGGCGUGUUUGUGUAACUCUAAUAGGAAUGAUUUAGGCUAUGUCUGCGAAGUACCAGAUAGAUGUUAAGAAGAGAAGUAUAUUGCAUAUAAAAUUAACAAUAACAUUAAAAUUAUUUCAUGUCGCAAGUUGCUUACAAUUAAUAAGGUCUAACAUUUCUUUAUCAUUCACAUCCAUCAAACAAAUGCCUAAUACCUUGAGCAUAUGAUGUGUUUGUCUAAAAAAAAGUUAUAUAGAAGAAAGUAUUAUUAUGUUCCAAACGAACCAGUAUUCAUUUUCUGGCACUGCCAGGCUCGAGGGACGUUAGAGAGAAACAAAAUUCAUUGUAGUCUCCCUUUAACAGUGUUCACUGAGAAAUUAUCUGGUGAUGUGGCAGGUCUGCAGCAGUACUGCCCUCCUGACAGGCAGCGUCAAUCUUUUUAGAGAUGUUAUGGGCCAUAAAGGUGCAUGUGAGGUCAGUUCAGUUAACUCUACCCUAGUUAACUUGCAUCGAGUCGUACACAUUUCACUUCCACUAGAGCCGCACACGUCUUACAUUGUCUGUAUCGACUGUCACGACUCACUUACGACUGACUUUCCCAUUAACUCUCUGGCUUAUAUAGAGUCCCUAAUCGCUUGUCUAAAGUUGCACAAACACGGCUAGUAUUCUCUGGAAUAACACGUGAGGAAACGUCACAUCCUGUCUUUGUUUAUACAUGUAGAUUCCAGAAAACAUCGGCUGCAGUGUCAUCUUGCCGGGGUCACAAGUUGUGACCUCUGUCUGUGACUGGACAUUGCUAGUACCUUCUGGAAUAACACGUAAGGACACGUCACAUCCUGUCUUUGUUGAUACAUGUACAUUCCAGAGAACACCCGCUGCUGUAUUAUCUCGCCGGGGUCAUACGUUGACCUCUACCUAUCACUGUCAUUUGUAACAAUAGUAAACCAAGAAAAUCCUUUUAUAAAAAUACUUUGAAGAAAAAACAAGACAAAAAUUCUGGGAACCACUGAUCUAGACUAACAAUAGUAAAUCUGUGUCACUAGAAAUAUUUUUACCAAUUUUUUUGUUGUUUAACGCAAAUUUCAUGCGUUUAGCUUGCUUAAUGAGGUAUGAUCGUACCACUUGUUUAGACCAAUUAAGAAAGAUUGGGAAAAGGGGGGGGGGUAUCUGGGUACAUCGCUUUUUAAUAGCAUAAAGAAGUUGUAAUACUUGAAUUCGAACUCAAGGGGACUAAUUUAACUUAUUCCACCACAUCUGUCAAGAUUUCUUUCCCUUGUUCGAUACCAAACAAAAUAAUUAAUUAGAAAUAGUUAAUUGGAUAAUUGUACUUAUUGAUUCUUGUCUUGUUAAUGCUAGAAACAAUUGUGCGAAAUUUCAAGUUGAUUUGACAUUGAGUGUUUGAGAACUAAUGUGUACACAUUUUUUUAGACAGAAAAAGACAGACAGACAUACUGACAGAGUUGAUAUAAGAUUUUUAAAUAUGUAUCGUUUCCAUUUGUUACACGGAAGAUGAUGAAAGAAUAGUGACAUGUUCUUCACAAUCAGGCAAUGCAUAAGAUGUAAAAGCUUUAAAGUUCUUGAAGUGAUGACCAAAAUAAAAAAGGUACACAAUUUUUUUGAAAAUAACUGAAAAAAAAAAUAAUGAUAACUCCAAUACGUAUUAUAUCAUAAACAGAAACACGUCAAUAUGUGAGAUUAACUAGCCUUUUGCUAUUUAUUGAGAAUUAAAAAGUAUACAGCACUGACUUAGCCCAGCAAGGUAAAUGUCUUACUAGUUACCAUCACAGUGUGAAGACCAUAUCGACAAGCUUUGUGUUAUAUUUUCUCACCUGCUUGUACUAACAGAGAUAUGUCUCUAUCGCACUAUCUAUUGAUACUUCGUCAUACAUUAUGGAACGUAGACAAAGUAGCCAAAUGAAUAGGAAACAUUUAAAAUAUAUUUUUUUUCAUUUAGAAAUAAAGUUUCAUCUCAAUUCUUUCCUUAUUUUCAUACCUAAAGAUUGAUGUAAAGGAGACUUUCAUACUUAUAUUAAUCAUUUUUAUCAUUAUGAUAGCUUUGACAAUUUGUUUUUACAAUUAAAAAAUCCUUUUAACCCUUAAGGCGUCUGAGGUAGUUUAGCCUCCAUUGUUUAAUGCACUCAUUGUAAAACAGCUCAGCAUUUUAAGGGUUAAGUAAUAAAAUACAGUAAAGUAAAUAGG